AUGAUCAAUCAGAAAAAACAAUAAAACUUUGAAGCCUUUGGUACUCAAAUCCCCAUACCCCUAAUACCUAAAAUAAAUACAUCAAAACCUGAAGUAUGUGAGAAAAGAAAGUUUGUUCCUAUUAAAAAAUAAUAAAAUAAUUUCAGCUCAUAAUUAUAAUAGAAUAAGUAAUAAUCAUUGGUAAAAAUUGAAAAAGAAACAAUUAUUGAAGAGAAGAAAACAAUCUGUUAAAAGCCUAAAUAAUCAAGAAAUAAAUAAAUAAAAAAAGCUUUGCCUUAAUUAAAAUCAAAAGUUGAAGAAUCAAUAUAAAUAAAUUAAGAAAUAACAAAUCCAGAAGUUGAUAAACCACUCACUUAUGUCAUUAUUAGAACAGUAAAAAUUAAGGAAAUAAAAGGAGAAAUUAUACUUAAUUAUAAGGAUAAAGCUGAAUGUCUCUAAAUUAGAAAUAGACUUUUAAAUUUCGAUGAUGUUAAACAGAAAUUUCCAUAUAUUGAAAAUUUAAAUGAGAAAAUAUUAAUUGAAAUAGAUAAUAAUAUUAUUAUGAAAAAGAAUUAGAUAGGUUGGAUGGAUUGUAGAGAUUGUGAGGAAUAUCUACUCUAAUGA